GUUGUCAUUAAUAUCAAAACGAGAAUUGUAGAGGUUAUACUCUCCUGAUUUUCGUCUGAUGAUCAGCCAAGGUCAUUUUACCAGUGGUAAAGGAUUCAGAAGGGAGUCAUCUUUAGCUGAGGUUUUAACAUGUUUAAGACCAACGAGCACCCACCGAGUGCACUUCAUUCCGUAAAAAGUUGGACGGCUAACUUUGAGAUGUUGCUGUUGGCUAUAAUCCCCGUGGAAUGAUGACGCUAUUGGACGGUCAACGUGGGUUCCGACGCGAAUCUUCUUUAGAAAGCAAUGACCCCGCGGAACUGGAAGCACUUACAAGCACUGAUAUGACGUCGAGCAUUAGUCAACAUGAAACGAUCUCCAAAGACGACUACGAUGGCGAUGUCGAAGAUGACACGGACACCGAGUCGUAUAUCCAACCGACGAUUGCAAAUCGAAUCUCUCUCGCGCGAACGUACGCGCUUUGUAUCACAUUGGGAUUCCUGGGAGCGCAUUACUACUAUCUGGGCAUGCGCACACAAGGUCUCCUCUACACUGCUACUCUGGGCUUCUUCGGGAUUGGUUGGUUGAUAGACUGGUUCCGGUUACCAUCUAUUGUUGAGUCCGUUCGAAGGAUACGACGCGAGGAGGCUGAGAAUGGAUACGCACUCUAUGCCGUGCCGUAUGGUGCAUUGGAAGAAAGAUCUCUGGUGAAUGCAUACCUUUAUGCUAUCCCACCUUGGGGACUCUUUGGAAUGCACCACAUGUACCUCGGAACUUUUCGGAAAAACGACGCAUUUAGCCUGAUAUACACAGCUACACUCGGCUUCAUUGGGUUCGGCUGGCUCUUCGACCUUUUCCGUAUCCCGAUACUUGUCCGAAGAGCGAACGAAGACAUCCGAGACCUCCGUUCGGGAAAACCCGUUUCCUCGAGUCCUGCGUGCACACUCCACCUUGACACUGCUUAUUCUUUAGUCUUUCCUCUGGGCUUUUUUGGACUUCACCACUUCUACAUGAGACGUUAUUUCUAUGGAUUUGUUUAUCUUUUCACCUUUGGAAUGGCUGGUGUCGGAGUCUUGGUUGAUAUUUUACGAUUGCCGGUUAUCUUUAAGCGAACAAAAACAGAACUGAAAGACUUUAGAUUUUCUCUAUAUCACUUGGACGAUACAUAUUUCCUGUGGUUUACUCCUUUAGGCCCGUUUGGGCUUCAUCACUUCUAUUUACGCAACUGGAAGAUGGGCGUGGCCUAUUUAUUCACAUGUGGAUUCCUUGGCGUUGGUUGGCUAAUUGACGCGUUCCGGAUGCGCUCAUUGGUUGAAGAAAGCAAUAGUCAAUUAGACACAGAUCUACUCUGGGAUCAUCAUUUUGUUAAAGAAACAAAGAGUAAAGGAAAUAUGAACAUCUUUAUUGAUAGUAAACUAUUCAAUUAUCCAAUCACCGAUGAGGAUUCAAACAUUCAGGUUUACGCCUUCCCUUUGCGGCCAAGCGGGAAGCCAUCCUGGUUGCUAGGAUGGGCGUGGUCACCUACAUCAUCAGACCCACCGUUGGCCAAUCAGAGUGUGUUUACCACAUCGGAAGAGGAACCGAGCCAAACUGAAACAAGAAACAAAACCCCAUUGGUCGGGGAAACUUUAGAAGGAGCCGUGGGUUGGACAAUAGAUACACACGAAAAUUAUGAAGUUACCAUUACGUAAUAGUGAGGUGUCUAGUGAAAAUACUAUGUCAGUAAUCGUCUGUAAUACUAGUAGAACGUUCAAAGUUUUACCACUGAAAUGUAGGGUAUUAGCCUCCAACCACAAAUGUUCAUCACAUCCGAAUAAUUUCUGACAUGCAACAUGGAGAAUAACGGUAGACGACAUAUUUAUGACCUUUGUGAAGUAGGUAUUUCCGAGUAUAAACAAGAGUGGAUCGAAAUAGGCAUUUUUUUUCGGAAUGGGGUAAGAGAUGCAUGAAUUUUCUAUUUUAGCUCGGUCCAUAAAUGUCAUAUUUUUAUUUUACGCUAUCGAAGAAAAUUCAAAAACUUGAUUUUUUUUCGACUUAUGUAAAAUGUGAGUGUGGUACAUGUCUUAUUAUUUAUUUGUAUGGCACUUUUAGGGAUAAAAUGACUGUUCAUACGUCCUUGUUAAUUGCGGAAAGUAUCCAUAAUAUGCACUGUUAAAAAAAUGAUUUUACAGAAAAAAGAAGAUUUUGCAGAUAGCAAUAACAGAAUCAUUCUGUAAAUUCAUAAAACAUGAAUUUUUCCUGCAAUUUGACAGAACAGGUCUGUGUAAAAAGGGGAAAAGGGUGUUUUAUUUAAGGAAAUUUGUAAGCUUACAUACACCAAAUACCGAUUUCCUGUAAUUCU